UUUUGAAAAAACUUGAGAACCCCUGAUUUCCAAAAAACACUUCCUUUCUGCAUAAAUACUGGUCACACAAACAGAUGAGGAACACAACACAGUCCACUACAGAGAGAGAAACUAGUGUUAGUUUACUGAAUGUGGAAAGGAAAAUAUAGAAAAGGGUAAAACUCAGAGAAGAAGAAACAACAUGGAUGAUGUAUAAGAAUAUGUGGACAUCUUACGAGGUAAAGUCAGAACAGAUAUCACAGAUUCAACGCCACAAGAAUCCAGUCAUAUAUAUAUGACUGUAAACAUUUGAACCGCACCAUAAAUGUCUGGAAGUGUGAAUGAUAGCAUGUAUAGAGGUUCAAUAAUGGACUCAGAAGACCGAACAGAAAGGAUUGUUGAUAUCUACGUCAGUGCAGAGGCUGUAAGAGACAUGAAACAUAAGAAAGAGACAGAAGACUUCAACACAGAAGAACCCCGAACACCUCGACACACAGAAGACUUCAACACAGAAGAACCCCGAACACCUCGACACACAGAAGACUUCAACACAGAAGAACCCCGAACACCUCGACACACAGGAAGUGGUGGUGUGACGAUCUCCAGAGCAGCUGGUGUGUGUUUGGGGCUGAUGUGUGUUCUUCUGAUGACUGCAGUCAUAGUGUUGUGUGUCACCUUCAAUCAAGACAGACAACAGCUGCAGACUAAGAUCACCAACCUCACAAAAGAAAGAGACCAGCUACAGAUUAAGAUCACCAACAUCACAGAAGAAAGAGACCAGCUACUAACCAACCAUAGGAACCUCACAGACGAGAGACAACAGCUACUAACCAACAAUAUGAACCUCACUCAAGAGAGACAACAUCUGCUGACUAAGAUCACCAACCUCACAGAAGAGAGAGACGAGUUGAAAUCAGAAAGAAAUGAUCUUCAGAAGUUUGCAGAUGGAUUGAAGUGCCAUCAAUCAACUCUUUACUUCUUUUCCUCUGAGAAGAAGAACUGGAAUGAGAGCAGAAGAUACUGUAGAGAGAGAAAAGCAGAUCUGAUCAUCAUCAACAACAGAGAGGAACAAGAUUUUGUGAAGAAUAUUUGUGGUAGUAAAGAUCAUUUCUGGAUUGGUUUGACUGAUAUUGAAGUGGAGGGCAGAUGGAAAUGGGUUGAUGGCAGCAACAUCAACAUCACCUCUGGGUUCUGGGCGCCUGGAUAUAACCAGCCAGACAGCCAUCAGGGAAAAGAUGAAGACUGUGCUAACACUCAUUCAUUAGGAUGGUUUGAUACUCAAUGUAAUGAUACGGCUAAAUGGAUCUGUGAGAAGAGUAUCCUUAAAUAAAUUAUACAUUAUAAUAAAAAUGUACGUAUAUGCAUCAUGAACAUAUAAAUAUGUCAGUAAUUUUACCUUUUUAUUUUAUUUUUAUUUUUUUGAGUGGCACAUUA